UCAAUGAUGACGUACAAAACUUUUGUUUUAAUGUUUGUUUUUUGCUAUCUAUUAUCUUCUAGAUUGCAGCGGCACAGAUGUUUGUAUAGUACAGUAUCACUGUGUGCGAGUAUGUGCUGAGGUGUGUUCUGAAGAAAUUUUGUAUGAUUAACAUUUGCUCUCGUCAGUUGGUGUGACUGAAAGCAGGGGGAGGGGUCGACAUUAGUCGCCAAGACUUCAAGAAAUGUGUUUAUUCAUUUGUAACGAGUAGUAUGGUGUGAGAUUGUUCUGGUCCGUACAUAAACAACCUUCAGAAUGAAUACAUUACAUGUUUUGUUUCAUCUGAUAUUCUUAUCUCUAGCAGCGAGAAGUUGGGUCCCAACAGAUUGAUACUGGAAGAAUAUCAUCUGAUUGGCUGUACCGUAUUCUUACAAACCCUUCCGAAUUCACCAUUCAUCGCCAUGCGGCCUCUAGAUAGAGAAGUUACCAACGCUUCGAAGGAACAUGCUGCAUCUUUAUUCAGGGCUUAAGCCUGCUCCUCCGAUAUGUUGUUUACCUACAAGUUCACACGACGUGGCGUCCCAGAAAACUACAAUCGACGUUUUGCAUAUUGCUGUUGUAACAACAAAUGAAGUUGACUUGUUCAGUAGCACUGGUAAAAUUGUAGGAAAACUACCUAAACCAACUGCAGACCUUCAGUCGCUGGAGUUCGACCCUGUACACCAAGUUCUUUUCCUUAGUGAUGACACUAAUAGCAACUACAGUGUAUUUACUCUCAGUCUCCAUGGAAACCAAGAUCUGAGACCAUUCAUCAAAAGAGCUGACAAUCAUAAGGUACGAGAUAUUGCAUAUGAUGUGGUUUCUGAUUCUCUCUACUGGACUGGCGAGACAGCCAUAUAUUGGUACACAAGUUCAAUGAACAGUGAAGAAGGAACUAUUCUCCAUAAGCUUGGUGCCUUAGAAUUUCCACAUGGAAUAACUGUAGACAGCUGCAGGAGGUACCUGUACUGGACAAAUAGCUACCAUCUCAAACCAACAAUUGAACGAUCAUUAUUAGAUGGUACUAAAAGGGAAGUUAUAAUAACUAAGGACCUUUUUCAACCUAUGGGCAUAGCUGUAGAUGAGUUAGAAGGCAAGAUAUACUGGAGUGAUGAUCAGGCUGGCAUCUAUUACAAUAUAAAGCGAGCAGAUCUUGAUGGCAGUAAUAGUGAGACCAUCAUACAUGGCACACACCAUGAACCAUUCUUUCUGACUAUUCAUUUACACAACAUCUAUUGGUCUGAUUUGAUAUACAAUGCUAUAUGGAGUAUGCCCAAAAAACCUACUAAAGGUGAACAACCUACAAAGAUAUACCAAUACAAAGAUGGCAGGACACCACAGGGAAUUGUUGCUUGGUCUGAUGGCAGAAUAGUGGAUUGCGAAGUUGAACGAACGGUAACAGUCCCAGCUGAGUUUCCAAACACGAGUGAAGGUUUUAUGAGUGAUGGACCAAUAGGAAUUGGAGCAUCUGAGUCGUCAGUGAAGGAAACGGCAGCAAGUUCAGACUAUUGUCUUAACUCUGGUCUGUUACUUGCAGAAGAAAGAAGGAAUGCAAUAUGCCAGUGUCCUCAGGGGUAUAGCGGGGAACGUUGUGAAGUGUCAUUAUGCCACAAUUAUUGCUUAAACAAUGGUAUAUGUGAAAUAGAUAAUAAUAGCUUACCAGUGUGCAUUUGUGUACAUGGCACAAAUGGAUCACGUUGCGAACAGCAUGUAUGCAACAGCUAUUGCCUUAAUAGUGGCGCGUGUGAAGUGGACAAUAGAGGACAGCCCUCGUGCAGAUGCAGAGGUAAUUUCAGUGGUGUUCAUUGUGAGGUAAUGGAUGCAGGGCAUAUGUGUCGGUCACAAUGUCAACAGUUUGGACAACUGUAUGUUCCUAUAGAUGGAGGAAACACACCAAUGUGUAUGUGUCCUUCAACAGUGGGCACAGGCCAGUAUGAUUUGCUGCCACUGGAGAACAAUUCAUCUUCAACAAACAACACUCUGUCAAGUGCAGAGCUGAAUCAGUUAUGUAUGCAUGAUAAAACUGCUGCUAGCUGGGUGUCAGCUGUACUGGGUUGUACGUGUGCAUUACUGCUGGUUGCAAUAGUCGUAUUACUCAGGAAGGUAUUCAUUCUACGUAAGAGGCCUCGCAUUAAGAAGCGGAUCAUUGUCAACAAGAAUGUGACACCUUUAACCAGCUGUCCCCCUGUAUCUCCAGACCAGUGUGAGAUCACAAUAGAAAACUGCUGUAACAUGAAUAUUUGUGAGACACCAUGUUUUGAACCACAGCUGCGGACUUCAAAAUCAUCAAGGACAGAAGAAAAAAAGACAUUACUUGGGAGCAUGGAAGAAGCACCGACUAGUUCUCCAUAUCAAAAUGAGCUCUAUUAGGGUUUGAAAAAUGGAUGAUCUAUAUUGUUGUUAUUUUAUAUUGUUGUUGAACAUUUAAAAAUACCUGUGUUUAUUAAUAUUUUUGAAAUAUCAGCUUUCCACGAUGAUAAGCAACGAAUAUUGGACCACCAUUCCACUCACAGAGCCAUGACGCUGAAUUUCCUAAAGAAGAGGUACGUAUGAUGAUGCAGUUGCUGAAGGCCUGCAUUGUUAAAAAUAUUAAACAAGCAUGAUACAGAAUAUAAUAUUAUAUACAGGAUGUGUUGUGACUUUAUUUCCAAACUUGAUCAACUUUUUCUGGAGGUCAUUCCCAAUCAGAGGUAUCAUGUGAAUGUGGGUUCUGUUUUCACCAGUUAUGGAGAUAUGAAUAAAAACUCAAGAUGAUUGAAACUGACAUAAAUCAUGAUUACAGUUGUACUUCCAGCAUAGUGGGAAACUCCUACAUUUCAGUAGACACAUGAUGGAGUACCUGAAUAAGCAGUUGCCUGGCCAGUGGAUUUGCCAAUGUGAUCUGCAGAAUUGGCCAACAUGGUCACUGGACAUCACUAUGCUAGAUUUCCAUGUAUGGAAUUACAUGAAAAACAUUGUGUGUGAACACAAAGUAAAUAGAAUAGGGGAACUGCAUCAUCAAAUUUUCAAUGCUCAGACACUUUAAUGAUCCCGAUGUUCCUCUUAAGGUAAUUCUGAAUUUCAAAUAUCCAUGACAUUUCUGAUUGGUAGUUCUGUCUAUACUGUUAUUCCAUCUAAACAUUUUUAAUUUCUGUACUGAACAACUUCAUUGGUAUUUUUAACAUGAAAAUUAUUUUAUUUUAUUCAUGUUAUGGAUAUAAUUAAGUUUAAGGAAAAUUAUGUGUCACAAAUGCAGAUCAAUUUUGCAUCUUGCUUGUUCACUUCCUAGUUUGCUCUGUUGUGGCUUGUGCACAAUAUGCUUAGUAUCAUAGAAUGAAAGGUUUUAUUGUCCGUCCCAUAGGUUACAUUUAAUCUGACUCAUGACAUUUUAUUCAUAACAAUAGAAUGAGAACAACUGUGGUUAAGAAGUUGCUGUAAUAUGAUUAUAUUUCGAAAUUUGAGGACCAUUACUUCUUUGUACUAGUUAUUCAUCUUCUCUGUUUUCCGUAUAAAAUGUUGUCAAAUGUUGGGUCAGUGAAAUUCACAAUGAGAAUAAUAGUCAAUGAAAUUUAUAAGAAAUAUUUACUUUUCUCAUUUGCUAUUAGUUCCUGAAAGCCUCAAACCAUACAUUUGACUGGCAUACUGUACUCAGAUACAUGUUGCACAAACAAACUUAAAUUCUGAAUGAGUCAGUUAAAUGGUUAAAGUAUGUGGAAGGACUAUGUUUGUUGUGAAGAUUUAUGGUGUGGAAAUUCACUGAAUGCCUCCAUUGUUUCUGAUUUCUCUGGUAUUGCAACAUCUAAGUAAGAAAUAGAUUUUAUUGUGCUUGGUAAAGAACCUGAAGGACAGUUUAUUCAUAUUGGUUUUGCAUUCAUUUGUUUCAUCUGAAUGUCUUCUAAACUCAUUUAGCCAUCAAUUAUACAGGAACUUAACCUUUCUAUGUGUGGGCACUGUUGGGUGCUGUUCUACCUAGUUGGUCAGUUGUGGAAGUAGUAAAAUUGUAGCAACACUUUAGAGGGAAGUUUGUAUACCUGUGUUGCAGGAGAUACCAAAAAAAUAUUUAUCAUUGGCUUCAGAUAUAUUUUACACACCUAAACAGAUUUUAGCUCACAUGCUGUAGCUAUUGUGUAGGUGUACAGAACACUUUCAAGAUGAAUGAUUUCUCUGAGUUAUUCCAUGUGUUGAUUGAUUUAGUAGACUGUUAUUAAAUAUCCCUGACUGAAUAUAACAGCUACAGAAAUUAUGUCUGACUACUGAAUUAUGUGGAGACAGCAUGCUCCUUAAAAUGUUGGUAGUCUUUGACUAGACUUUUCAUGCAACAAGCCAGAAGACAGCCUUCUUAGUACAACACUGAUUGUACGUGAAUAUUUCACUUGCUCUUAUCACCAGUCCUAACAUAUCAGGGUAACUUUAUUCACUUUUGCAGUUGAUUGAAUUGGACCAGUGACGACCAACACAGUGAUCACACAUAGUGUAAAGAGUGCCUCAGCAUAGCAUGCUAACAUUCUCCCUGGAUUAAUAAAACUCAUUUUAAUACAGAACUAAAAUUAUCCUCACUUGACUUUCUUAUUUUAUAAAGAUAUAUCACUGCAUAUGUUGUUUAGCAUUGAAUGAUGUGAGCACAUUCAGUGAACUUCACUGGAACAGGAAGAAAGCAUUUGUGACCUAUAUCAAAAUGUCAUCCUCAUGGUGUCUGGGAGAGACUGGGAAGAAAUGAGGCUGAAAUUUGAAUUAGGCAUAUCCUGAAACAUGUCAGAAGCAUUACCUCCAGAAUAAACUUGCACAGUCUUUGGCUUCCAUGGCAGCAUUCUGUUAAUAAAUAUAAAGGAUAAAGUUUAUGGUUUGAGACCACUGUUAUUUUAAAUUAUUUAUGAAGAUAUAAGUGUAUUAUAUUUAGUUAUAAGGACUGUUUUUGGUAAUUUCCUUUAUUGUUGUGGCUUGUGAUCAUCAUCUACUGUUCUUAUGUCUCGAUGUUUUAUCGGUAACAGCUUUUGUUACUACAUCGUGAAUGUUGCUGUAAGAUAUCUUUUUUUGCUUGAAACAACAUAUCUUGCAAGCUUUGUUCACAAGAAAGAGUAAUUCUUGCAACGCUUAAGAAGGCUUGUGUUUCACAAAAUGUUAUUUCACAACUGCAGUAUCGAACUUCUUUAAUAAUCAUGUGUUUUCUACUUAUGUAGGGUAUCUUUGUUAAGACAUGGUGAAAAAUGUUUGCUCAACCAACCCUCAUAGUUGAAACAUUUUUGGAGAUGGUGGUUCAAUCGUUCUACUGAGUUCUGCAUCUUUCAAAAUUCUUGUGUAAUUUAGAGUUUACAAUUUAACUUCCUGAAUAGAACAUGUGUUAUCUGUACACAUAAACAUGAAGUAUACAACAUCAAAAAUUGGACUUUGAAAAAAGAAUUUGAAUUUCUACUACUGAAAUAGAUAAACAAGUUCUUCCUAAAUAUAAUUAGAGGUGUAUGUCUGUUAAAAUGUCUACCUCAUCAUUUUGUGUGAUUGAUGGAGAAAUUGUUUCUAAAAUAGCAGUCUUCUGGGCUGUAGUGCUGUGUAGUCAGGGAAAGUUUACCAACAUUUCAGAGGUCCUGGCUGCCUCCAUCAUCAGAAUGGUGAGUUAGAUUGUUUGUAGAUUUCCACAAAGAUUUUAUGACAUUAGUGGAGGGUCCAACUGGCCUUUUUAUUACCUGUGUAAAGAACCACUGAAAUUUGUUGUGUAUCACAACCCAUAUCACAAACUGAUUAAUGAGUAAAGACAUUCAUGAGAACAUGCAUCAUGAGAAAAAAUGAGAAUUAAAAGACUUUAUGGAUUAAGAGCCCAGAGACACAAAUAGGCCCUUUUUAAUUCUUUGUCCAUGUAGUGGACAUCUUAAUUUUCCCCUUUAUAUUAGUUUAUGCCUCCUAGGGGAAGGUGGAGCUUACUGGGUAGUUUAUCACAAGCUGCAUACAUUACAUGAUUAUGAUUAGUCAAAAUUUCAGUGAUUUCUUGAUUUUGAAACUUGCAAGUAUCUGCAUUCUCUCUGUUUUGUAGAUAUUAGGAUUUUGUUCCAUUGUAUUACUACCCUUGUUAUGUCACAGAAACUUAAGAUUUACGAAAUUUAUUUAUUUUUUCUUGUAUUAUUCACAUUCCAUUUGAAUGGAAUAUCAGUGGAAUGUUUAAGUGUUCAUUUCACUGUAGGCAGGAACAGAGGUCAGAAAUGUACGUGACAAAUUAAGAGCCCAAAGAGACAAGUGCAUAUACAGUACAGUGUAUUUUUUGUCUGCAUAGCUUUAGCAAUAUAUUUUAUGUAUGAAAAUGUUAUUGUUAGAAAUGUGAAUGACACAGGAGUACACUGAACUGACACUGCCCUUAUAUCUGUUAUAUUAAUUUUAAUUUUACUGGCCAUAUUAACAUUGUAAUAAUUCCCGCUGAAGUAUUGGGACUUCAGACUGUGGGCUCUGUUAAGUUUUAUGGUCAGAUUCCAUUGCCUUUCAGACUUAAGCUAAAAGUAUGGCAAGUAGAAAGCAAAUUUAAAUUAGAUUUCAAUUUAUUUUCAAAAAUGUUGUUUAAAAUAUAUAUUACUAAAUCUCCAUCUUUGUUUAUAAGACAUAUAUUUAGACUUUCUUGAAUGGACAAGCGAUGUGGCAGCUUUUAGAAGCCAAAUGUAGAAACGAGCAUACUCACCAGUUGCUUUCAAGAGUUUAUCAGUAAUAAAGAGAUAAAUUCAGUUAUCUAAUAUUUGGUCAUGCCUAUCUUUUGUUUUUCAAUCACUGGUACUGAAUAUUUAACAUAGUAAAUACUUUUCCCCACUUUAUCAAACAUUUCUGUCAAAAUGACUGGCCAUUAUUACUAAUGAGAAUUUCAUUGUAGCUAAUAUUAAAUACUUUUAAAAUUUAAAUACUUUCCAGAUGGUUCAUUACUAUGUUCACAAAGCAUACAACCAUUCUCUGCCAUGAGCCGGAUGAAUCAACUCUACACCCCAAACCCAUCUGUACUGAGAUCCAUUUUAAUAUUAUCCUCCCCUCUGUGCCUAGGUCUUUUGAGUGGUCUCUUCCCUUCAGGCUUUCCAACCAAGCUUUGUACAUGUGUAUCAUCUUGGCGAUGUGUGCUAUGUACUGCACCCAUCUAUUACUUCAUUUGAUCACCAUAAUAAUAACUGAUGAAUAGUACAAACUGUGGGGUGCUUUAUUAUGCCAACUGUUCCAAAUACUGAAUUUAUUUUAGGAUACAAUUCAGCUGAGAGUUUAGUAUAAAGUGGAAUAGUUUCUGAAAGUAAUGAAGGUUUUGUUUUGGUAAGACCAAAUGAGGGAUGUUGAAUAUAUUUAAUUUGAAUGACUGUGUAUUUAAAAGAAACAGCCAUUAUUGAUUUAAAUGGAGAGGUAAAUUAUUUGGAGGACUGGUGUAUCAAAACAAAAGAAAAGAGCAUUGUUCGGGGAACAGAAUCUAAAGAUGGCUGUCAUCUAAGUUGUUGCGCCAUGUAGUCUGGUAGUUUCAUGUGUAAACAAGUCUGCUAAGUGUAAAACAAUGUGACUAGGUCUUGCUGGUUCCCAUCAGAAAUAAGAAUACUGUUUGUUCAUAAAAGCUCAUAAUUUAUGCAAGGUGUUUAUGGUUUAAAUUAAUAUCCUCCAUCUCUUCCCUUGAUGAAUGCACUGAGUUUUGUUAAACUUCUAAUUGUAUAAUAUUCUGACAAAACUUUGAUAAAGCAGUAUUAAAUAUAUGCAGAUUAGACAUUUUUAUCUGUGUGAUUGUAUAAUUUUUCUUUGGUAAUUUUACUUUUAAGGAGUAAAUCUUGAUUUAUAUUUCUGUUAAAAUUAGAUCUCAUAGAUUUUAAUUGAUCUGUUUCUUGAAGAGACAGAUACAAGUGUGAAUGUGUGAAUGAGAAGUUCCAUCCUGAUUAAUUAAUAAUUAAAUUGUUGGUAUUGAUUUAAGUGACUUAUAGAACAUUCAGGCAGCUAUGCAAUAUGGCACUUUAAUUUCUUGAUUAGUAAACAUGAAUUUUGUAUCUUUUGACAUGAUGCACAGCAGGAAGUAUAUACUGAAGAAUGUUCAUAUUUGUUGUACGUUAGAUGGGUUUUUGAUUUUUGUUACUUAAUAGAUUAUCUCUGCAAGUUUCAAUCUCUUCUGUUAAAAUGUAACUUGCAACUGAAGAUUCAUAGUGGGAAUAUAUAAAUUUUUAAUAUACUUUGUAUUGGUGUAGACAUAUUCCUCCAAAUGAGUUGAAAAGUAACUCAUUUCCAGUCACAUUGAAUACUGUAAAUUGCUUUUGACAACACGAACUGUAAGAUAGUUUCAUAUAUAUAUGUAUAUUUUUUAAAUGUAACAUUCACAUGUGCCUCUGAGAAUGUUAUAAAUAUAACCGCAACAAUGAUUAGUCACAUUCAGAUUAUCAAGUGUGUUUUGACACAUUUAUGAUUUAUUAUUGUUUUGGUUGCUGUUACAAAUACUUGGUAGGAAGAUAAAUCAGAAAUGUCUUCAAAAUAAUGGAUACUCCCUUAGAUAAUCUGAAAACUGAAAUAGAAAUGUUAACUCUGAAGUUGAUAAUGAUGUUGAUGAUGAUAGAAAAUAUGUGCAUCAUAUGUGUUAAAGAUGUGCUGCAUGUGUAGAUUAUACUUUGUAUUUGUAGAUAAUUAAAUGCUUUUUGUCUGAUCACUA